UUUGCAAAAUUAUUGAAUUUUAAGAGCGCUUUCAGAGUAUCGGGGCUCAACUCCGGAACCGGGGGACAGAUAGAAGUGAGAGAAGCGGAAGAACCCUACCGGUGGCGUCCGUACCUCCGGUUAGCUUCUCCGGCAACAACAGAUCUUGUUCAAAUGGCUAUGUACAUUCGAGUGAAGCGUAGCAAGACAACCUACUUUCUGCAAUGUGAUCCAACUGAGACAGUUCUGAACAUUAAGGAGAAGUUGCACUCCCUUAUUGAUCAGCCAGUCAAUGAUCAGCGUUUGAUUCUAGUGGCAAGUGGAGAAGUGUUAGAUGAUUCAAAAACAUUGGCAGAUCAGAAGGUUGAAAAUGAUGCUGUUGUGGCACUGACCCUGAGAAAAGAUGACAAUGAAUUUGAGGAUGUAAACAUCGUAAAGCCAGAUGAAUUUCAAUCCCAUGAUGCAGAUGAUGCUGGAAAGCGGUGAGGCAGGCUGUGCACCCGCAACAAAAACCUAUGUGACAAGCAUGGUAUUCAGUCGAUUUCUUACUGUAUUGCCCCUUGGUUAUCUUACAAACACCAGAAAUUCGCUACAGAAAUAUGUCCAAGACUGAUUCGGAAAUUACAAAUGCUAAAGUUUUCUUACCAUUCCCAGUUUAUCAAAUUUCUUCCUGGGUAUUAUGUCUUGAAUUUAUCUUGUUCUGCAAAGCAGCGAAGUCCCUCAUGAAGCUUAUGAAAACAGGCCUGAACUUUAACAAGGCCGCCUAAUAGCAGUGGAUUUGUUAGGAUUGUUUUAUACAGCAGAUGGGAUGCCAGCAUUAAUGUAUUAUGCUGGAAAUAUGUGUGCCCUUAUGAAUUUGUUAAUGGAGAAAAGAGGCUUUCUUUUCUACCAUCAAGGUCAUGAGAUAGAUGAUUGAACAGCUAA